AUGUACCGGUCCCGGCCCGAGCCCGUUCAGGGCCACUUGUUUACCUACUACAAAGAUCCCUACUGUAAGAUACCCGUUUUCAUGAUGAAUAUGGACGCCCGUCGGUGCGUUUUGUGGGUAGGAGGACAGACUGAGUCCUUAUUAAGCUUUGACUACUUCACCAACCUUGCUGAGGAACUCCAGGGGGAUUGGGCCUUCGUUCAAGUUGAGGUGCCAAGCGGGAAGAUCGGCUCCGGUCCACAGGACCACGCACAUGAUGCCGAAGAUGUGGAUGACCUCAUUGGUAUUUUGUUGAGGGACCACUGUAUGAAUGAAGUGGCACUAUUCGCAACAAGCACAGGAACUCAGUUGGUGUUUGAGCUGCUCGAAAAUAGUGCCCACAAGAGUUCUAUCACACGCGUCAUACUUCAUGGUGUCGUCUGCGACCCUGAGAACCCAUUGUUCACUCCUGAGGGGUGCGCAGCGCGAAAAGAGCAUGUCGAAAAGCUAAUGGCAGAGGGCCGCGGUGAAGAUUCUCUUGCGAUGCUCAAGCACUACGACAUCCCUAUUACCCCUGCACGCCUUGCAGGCGGAGGCUUCCCCACCCUCCAGGAAGCCGUUUGGAACCCUUGCAUUCGCAAGGAAUUUGACGUGCUGCGGAGGUCCGUCGGUGUGAUUAAGGUUCCAUUGCUUCUCAUGCUUGCCCACAACGUGCAAUACAAGCCGUCCGACGAGGAAGUAGGAACUGUCCUAGAGGGCGUGAGGGAUCACACAGGAUGCAAUCGUGUCACCGUGUCGUAUUUCAACGACACGUGUGAUGAACUUCGUCGCGUGUUGAAAGCAGCAGAAAGCGAGCAUGUGGCCGCCAUUCUUCAGUUUCUUGCUGAUGAAGACGAAUUCCGCACCGAGACUGAGAAGAACAACCGAAUUAAAGCAGCUGAGGAUGAAAAGAAGAGAAAAUCGGUCCUACAGGUAUCAUCUUUUGCUCAAGCCGCUUCCUCAGUGAAAGCUUCGUAA